GCAAUUCAGAUAAUUCAUGAUAAUAAUCAGCAAUAAUAUGGUUAACAAACAAUAAACAAACCAAUCACUGAGACACAUAGGAUGAUUAUGACUAUCUUCCUUUAAAGGCUCUUUUGUUGUGUAUUCUGGACAUCUCACGUCAUACAUGUUGAAGAGCCAGGCGUGGUACCUUUUAAGCUGCUGUCUAAUGCCUGUCCUCUGGAAAUUCUCUGAAGAGCUGCCGGGAAACUAAAGGAGUUACAGUCUGGAAAUGGUGUCCUCUAAGAUGAUUGCAAAGUCUCUCAUUUUCUUGUACUUUGUGAAAGCAUCAGUGGCAUCCACCACGCAGUGUUUGUCACGUCGAUGUCUGGCUAAUGAUUUCAUUGAUAAGGAACGCUAUAGUGCUCCACAGACUUCGGAUUGUUUUGUAAAUAUCAACCUCACAAACAUACAGUAUGAGACCCUCUCUUUCAAUUUACAAAACUUGCGAUUCUCUAGUCACCUUAAAGUCUACAUGGAAUGGACAGAUCCAGACCUGGCAUGGACAGAUUCACAAUACGAUGAAGUUUUGCUCCCAUAUAAUUAUAUCUGGCUCCCUAAUCUGACUGUGAACAAUGCCAUUUACACGGCAGUGCAGCCUCUUUCAAAAGAUAUAUAUGUAAAACGAGAUGGCACAGUGAACUAUGCCAUACAGAUGCACAGCACUGUGGUGUGCGGUAUAAACCUCUUCUCCUAUCCCUUUGUUAAGGAUACAUGCAUAGUGGCUCUCAAUGGAUGGAAUCGAAGUUCUUGUGGAUUGAAGCUUCACUAUGGGACGAUAACUACAGCUAGAGGUAAUGAAGGAGAAUGGCAAACUUUGGAUGUGUCAUUCCAUGGGGGACAACAGAGCUAUCUUCAAGUCACUCUGUACCUUAACCCCUUUAAUUCACUGGUGUCACUGGUACUGCCCACUGCACUGAUCAUGGUGGUCGACCUGGCGAGUUUUGCUCUACCUUUGAGUGGUGAACGAAAUCCUUUCAAGAUCAAGUUGGUGUUCAGCUUUACCAUGUUCCUUCUUAUACUUUCCAGACAACUGCCUGAGGGGGGUCCCUGCAGUCCUCUGAUCUAUUAUCACUUUUGUUUUUGCCUGAUUGUGCUGGUUGUGAGUUUGCUGGUAUCCAUGAUGUUGUCUCGACUGGCCAGAACUGGUAGAAUAUUACCUGCCAAGUCACAAAAGCAGAGUGGAUCAAGCAGCUGUAUACAACAAGAAAGUGCGUUUCAUCAAAAUGACACUGAAAUCAACAGCAUCAAAGCCAACUCUGUGGAUCUGAUGACAGAACUUACCUCCAUUCAGAAGAUUUCAAGCUUUGUCAGCACUAUGGACAAGGAGGAAAUGGAGAAAAAUAGGAAACAGGACUAUGCAAAAUCUUGGGACAAUUUCUGUUUUGUUACAUACUUGUUCUUGGACAUUAUUUACAUGUUAUGUGCAUUUUCCUUCUUUAAUACAAAGCGGUGUAGCAGCAAUAAGCUAAAUUUUUAAAAUGCCUGUUAAGAACAUGAUAUAUUAUUUUGUUGUCUGAUUGUUGAUAACACUUGAA